UUGUGCUCUUCGUGAAGGUGUCGUUUGCAGGGUUUUCUGCUUUCUUUCUAACAACUUCACUUUUUGUUGUUGGCUUCCGCACACGCUUAAAACCUUGAUAUAUCACACAGAGCCAAGUGAGAGCGUAUCGGUCUGUGUUUAUUCACCGGUUUUGGGGGUUUUUUGAAAGCGAAAGCAGACUGCGAAAGGCCUGUGAAGUCAUGGCUGACAGUAUGGACGAAGAUAUACCGGAUGAGACUUUACCUCUCCGGCAGGACCUCACCUGUCCUGUGUGUCAGGGCAUCUUCCAGGACCCCGUGCUGCUGCCCUGCAGUCACUCGUUCUGUCGGGAGUGCUGGCAGAAGAGCUGCGCGGUCAAUAAAAAGUGUCCGGUGUGCAGGAAGGAGUUCAAGGAAGACCAGGCCAUCGCCAACCGCGCUCUCAAAGAUGCCUGCGAGUCCUUCCUGAAGCAAAGUAACUUACGGACCAACCAGAAACAGCAAGCCGCAGAGGACGCCUGCAACCUGCACCUGAAGCCGCUGGAGCUGUACUGCGAGAAGGACGAGGAGCCCGUGUGUGUGGACUGUGUCGCCCUGCACAACACACACAGACUGCACCCACUGAAAGAUGGAGCACCGCUUUGUAAGAAGGAGCUGAGCUUCAAAGUCCAGAUUUUUGAGAAGAAAGUGGACACGUACAAGAAACAGACCCUGAAACUCAGCAAUGCGGCGGAGUAUGUCAAGUAUCAAGCUGGGCUGGCCGAGAGACAGAUCAAGGCGGAGUUUGAGAGGCUCCACAAGGUGCUUGUCACAGAAGAAGUUAUGCGUCUGGAAGCUCUGGCCUGUGAGGAGAAGGAGAAGCUUGAGUCCAUUCAGAGUUUGAUUGAUAAAGCAAAUAGGGAUACUGCAGCUUUGAAGGAGCUCAUUGAUACUUUGAAAAAAGAGAUGGGCAAUGAGGAUUUAGCCCUUGUGCGGAAUUUCCAGAAUUUAAAAAGAAAAGCCCAGUGGACUCGUGACGAUCCUCGCAUUCCUCACGACUCUCUUUUAGACAUGGGCAAGCAUGUUGGCGCUCUGAGUUACAACGUCUGGAGGAACCUGCAGAACCAUGUCAAACAUUAUCCAGUACUACUGGACCCAAACACAGCCUCUCCAUGGCUGUCCUUGAGUGCUGACCUGACCAGUGUGAAGGAGAGCUCAGAGCGGCUGAUUGCCCCUGACAACCCAGAGCGCUUUGAUCCCUGCGUCUUUGUCCUGGGUGCUCAAGGUUACACAUCUGGGAAACACAGAUGGGAUGUCCUUGUUGGUGACAACCCCAAGUGGAUUGUGGGUGUGUGCAAAGAGUCAGUGGCCCGUAAAAAGAAGUUCACGGUCUCUACUGGCCGUGGAGUGUGGGCCAUAACACUCAGCAAAGGUGUGUACACUGCCACAACACCUGAUCGUACGGUGCUGCAGUUACAACAGCGUCCAGAGAGGAUCCGCAUCAAGCUAAAUAUAGAUAAGGGAGAGGUGUCAUUUUGGGAUGGGGGAGCAGCGAAGCACCUGGUCACUUUGACACACAAGUUUGAUGAGACGAUGUUUCCUAUGUUUGGCCCCGGGCUCCAUAGUACGCCCAUGAUUCUGGCUCCAGGAAAAAUGGCUGUACACACCUCAUAAUGGGCCAUUGUAUGGCAGAGGGGUGGUUGGUUUACCUAAAGCUGUUUGAUUAUGAUUAUAAACUUUUUCAAAAAAGAUGCUUUAUAAAAGCAAAAUGAAACUCAACAACAAUGUGGCAGUCGAACAUCUAGAAUAUCAAGGACCUGCCAAAAAAGAGAAAUAAAAAGAUCAAAUUGGGGCGAUACUCAGAAAAUAGAUAAAAUAUACUAAAAUAUGAUUAAUGACAAAGUGUAUAAAACAGUAUAUCAUCUUUAAGCUUCAAAAAAGUAGGUUUUAUGAAAAGGACGUGUGAUUUAGGCUUUAAGAUCUGGCAUAAAGGAUAAGUGUAAGAAAUACAUGACAAUCUGUCAAACUGUGAGCAGGAUUUAAUACUGUUGAUUCAUUGUUUAAACCAACUUAAAAACAUGCAGUCAUUAGUUGAUUAAAAACUUUGCAGCUGCAUGAUGCAUACGAUAGAGCUGAGUGAUAAGUUUUUGAACACUGAUUAAUAGAAUUGCAGAGAAAUGCAAAAAUCAAUCAAUCAGUGUCACAAGAGAGUAAUAAGACCAAAUGAUUUAGAUGUGCCUUACCUGGAAGAAUUAUGAUUGACCAACCUUUGGAUGUCAAUGUCCAAAACACACACACACACACACACACACACACACACACACACACACACACACACACACACACACACACACACACACACACACACACACACACACACAUGAUGCUGGUGACCAAUAAUGAUAAAGUUUUUUAAAAUGAAUUAAAACAUUUCUUGAUUAUUUAUGAUGCCGGAAGAAAUUAUGACAUGCAAUGCUUAAUAUCUGAGAGGUGAACAAAAAACCCCAAAAAAAUAAAAAAAAGUUGUGUAUUAAAAACAUUUCCUACUCUUUAAUCAAUUUACACCUGUCUGGAAAUACAGUAGAGCUAUUACAGUAGCAACCACAUACAUUUGCAGUGAUUUUAAUUCAGUCAUGAAAGAGUAGAAUAGACUGUCUUUACCACAGACUGUAUAUUUCAGAAUAUCUAUACAUAUAAAUUUCUCUUCUACAGGAUUAAUACAGGAUCAUGUUCUAUGCCAUACAAUCUAUAGUCUUGAGUUUGGGAAUGUGCCUCAGUUAAUCAUUACUACUUAAGUUUUAUUGAUUCUGCUUAAAUAUUGCUGUCUGUAAUGUUAAAUAUAUUUGUGUUGGGUUUUUUUUUUAGUUUUAUGAUACUUGUAAUGAGUUUCACAGCAGGUUGGACACACUUUGAAGUAGAUUUACUGAUAUCACAGCCGUGGAUCUGUACAUGAAAACAUUUCAAUGCGCCUGUGAACAUUUGUCAAGUAAAAA